UGAGGGCGGGAACAUUGUCCCGCGCUCUGCACGCGCUGGUGGCUCGCGCUCGCUCCUCUCAUUCAGUCACACUUGUCUGCGGCCGAUCUCCGCUUAACUUAUUCACCCUUAAGCUCGACAACAGCUGUGUAAGGAUGCGGGGUCGAGCGCUGUUGAUUGUGAUCUUGACAUCGGUCCUUUGCACACAUGCUCAAGUGUCGAGCCCCAGGAGGCUGCGAUUGAAAGAGUUGAGUCCCAGCAUGCUCAGCGUAACCUGGAAAGAACCAAAGGGACAGUUUGACGUCUACAAGCUGGUGUACAGCACUGACCCGGGAGGAUUUGAGCGUGAGCUGUCAGUGAGUAAAAAAGAAUCUAAAGCCGUCAUCCAAGGGUUUGACCCCAGUAAAGAGAUCACAGUGAGGAUCACAGCUGUCAGAGGAACAGAGCAGAGUAAACCACUGAUGGCCACAUACACCGGUUCAGGGUCAGAGGUGAGUGAGGUCAGUGUGCGGCAGGACCCCAGUGAUUCUGAAGAUGACAAUCAGAUCACUGAAGUGGAUAUCUUCAUGUGUAAGACUCCAGCCGUUGCUGAUAUUGUCAUUCUGGUGGAUGGAUCGUGGAGUAUCGGGCGGAUUAAUUUCCGUUUGGUGCGGAUGUUUCUGGAAAGUCUUGUGAAGGCCUUCUCUGUUGGAUCAGAACACACUCGCAUCGGCUUGGCUCAGUACAGUGGAGAUCCCAGGAUUGAGUGGCAUUUAAACACUCACAGGACUAAAGAAUCUGUGAUCGACGCUGUCAAGAAUCUACCUUACAAAGGAGGAAACACACUCACAGGUCUUGCUUUGAUGUAUAUUUUGGAGAACAGCUUUAAGCCUGAAUCUGGAUCCAGAACUGAUGUUCCUAAGAUUGGGAUUCUGAUCACUGAUGGCAAGUCACAGGAUGAUGUUCAGUUUCCAGCUCAGAGUCUCAGAGAAGCAGGAAUUGAGCUGUUUGCUAUCGGUGUGAAGAACGCUGAUGAGAACGAACUGAGAGCCAUCGCUUCUCCACCAGAAGACACUCACGUUUAUAAUGUGGCUGACUUCAGUGUCAUGAGCUCCAUCGUGGAGGGACUCACCAGAGCCGUCUGUGAGCGGGUCAGUGAGCUCAGCAAAGAGAUCAGCGGUGAGACGGUACCGCAUUCCUCGAGGUCUCUUGAUGUACCCAGUAAUCUUGUGACGUCUGAGGUCACAGCCAGGAGUUUCCGUGUGUCGUGGACUCAUGCUGCAGGGCAGGUGGAGAAGUACAGAGUGGUUUACUACGCUACUAAAGGAUCUAAACCGGAGGAGGUGGUGGUAAACGGAGACGAGAACUCUGUGGUGUUGAGCUAUCUGAACUCUCUGACAGAGUAUGAGAUCGCUGUGUUUGCCGUCUACAGCAACCGGGCCAGUGAAGCUCUGAGGGGCAGUGAGACCACCUUGGUGUUGCCGACGGUGAAUAACCUGGAGCUGUAUGACCUCACUCACAGCACGAUGCGUGUGCGCUGGCGAGAGGCUGAAGGGGCUUCUGGGUACAUGAUCCUGUACGCCCCUCUGACACGAGGAGACGCCGCCGAUGAGAAGGAGGUGAAGGUGGAUGACUCUGUGACUCAGGUUGAACUGGAAGGUUUGACUCCUGAUACUGAAUACACAGUGACUGUAUAUGCCAUGUAUGGAGAAGAGGCCAGUGACCCCAUGACAGGACAGCAGACCACACUUCCUCUGACUCCGGCUCGUAACCUGCGCAUCUCUGAUGUCAGUCACAGCUCAGCUAAACUUUCCUGGGACUCAGCGUCUCGUAAGGUCAAAGGUUACCGUAUUGUUUAUGUGAAGACUGAUGCUGUUGAGACCAAUCAGGUUGAGAUAGGUCCGGUUACCACACUGCUCCUCCGCAACCUGACCUCUCUGACGGAGUACACCGUCGCCAUCUUCCCUGUGUAUGACGAGGGACAAGCUGACCCUCUGACAGACAGCUUUACCACCAAUGUGGUUCCUCAGCCGGUGAAUCUGAGGAGCAGUGACGUGUCCUCUGAUCGUUUUAAAGUGAUGUGGCAGCACGCCGCAUCUGAUGUCUCUUUCUACAGACUCAUCUGGAGACCUGCAGCUGGAGGAGAAACAAAAGAGUUUCUCAUGAAUGGGAACUCAAACUGGUACGUGAUCACGGGUCUGAGGCCUUUGACUGAAUAUGAAGUUUCUCUGUCUGGGGUGUACCGAGAUGAAUCUGAGAGUGAUCCAGUGGAGAUCAGUGAAUCUACAGUGGCCAGAACAACAACAGCUGCUACAACCACCACAAGCACAGCAACAGCCGUUGUGCGACAGGUGGUCAGGAAUAUCAGGCUGAGUGAUGCGACGACCUUCAGCAUGCGCGUGUCAUGGGAUUCUGCAGGGCCAAACGUGCGUCAGUACAGAGUGUCUUACAUCAGCACAAGAGGUGACCGCGCUGAACAGCUGUCGAUGGUUCCUGCGGGUCAGAUGUCAGUCGUGCUUCAGCCUCUUCUGUCAGACAUAGAGUAUCGUGUCAGCGUGUCAGCGGUGUACAGUGAUGGCGAGGGUCCUGUACUCACACGCGUCGCACGCACACUGCCUCUGUCUGCACCCAGCAACCUCCGGGUGUCAGAGGAAUGGUACAAUCGCUUCCGGAUCACCUGGGACACACCUCCUUCUCCCACCAUGGGGUACAGGAUUGUGUACCAGCCCACCUCAGUGCUGGGUCGUGCGCUGGAGACGUUUGUCGGUGAUGAUGUGAACACGAUGUUGAUCUUGAAUCUGUUGAGUGGGACGGAGUACAGCGUUAAAGUCAUCGCCACAUAUACCACAGGAUCCAGCGAUGCGCUGACCGGGCGCGCCAAAACACUUUAUCUGGGAGUGAAUAAUCUCAACACAUACCAGGUGCGGGUGACAAGCAUGUGUGCCCAGUGGCAGCCCCAUCGUCAUGCCAACCAGUACCGUGUCAUCAUUGAGUCACAGCUGAAUGGUGAGAAACAGGAAGUGAGGUUGGGUGGCUCCGCCUCCAGGUACUGCUUUAAUGACCUCACACCGAACACAUUGUACAAGAUCAGCAUUCACGCUCAGCUGCAGGACGCGGAAGGGCCUGCGGUCACCACCACACAGAGAACAUUUCCUGUGCCCACAGUCCCCCCCACCAGAGCCGCCACCUCCCCCCCGGCCACUUUACCUGCUACUAAAGAAGUGUGUCGAGCAGCUAAAGCUGACCUGGUGUUUCUGGUGGACGGUUCGUGGAGUGUUGGAGAUGAAAACUUCCAGAAGAUCAUCCGUUUUCUGUACAGCACAACAGGAGCUCUGGACAGGAUCGGACCUGAUGGAACACAGGUGGCUCUCGCUCAGUUCAGCGACGAUCCUCGUACAGAGUUUAAACUGAACUCCUAUGACAAAAAAGAAACUCUUCUGGACGCUAUUCAGAGAAUCACUUAUAAAGGAGGAAACACAAAGACAGGCAGAGCCAUGAAGCACGUCAAAGAUGCUGUGUUCACUGCGGUGGGCGGGGCUAGAAGGGGCGUGCCCAAAGUCCUGGUGGUGCUGACGGAUGGGCGUUCCCAAGACGAUGUCCUUCUCGUGUCCCAGGAGCUCCAGGUGGAAGGUUAUAUCGUGUUUGCCAUCGGUUUUUCUGAUGCCGAUUACGGCGAGCUGGUGAGUAUUGCCAGCAAACCCAGUGAGAGACACGUGUUCUUCGUGGACGAUCUCGACGCCUUCAGAAAGAUCGAAGAGAAGCUCGUCACCUUUGUGUGUGAGGCCGCAUCAGCAACCUGUCCAUCUGUACCUAUGAGUGGCAGCACAUUACCAGGCUUCAGGAUGAUGGAGAUGUUUGGUUUGGUGGUUCACACGUACAGCAGUGUGAACGGUGUCUCCAUGCAGCCCGGCACCUUUAACAGUUACAGCAGCUACAGACUGAGUAGUGAUAAUCUCAUCACACAACCCACCAGGUUAAUCCAUCCGGAGGGUCUGCCAUCAGACUACACCAUCACAAUGCUUUUCCGGCUGCUUCCAGAAACCCCCAAGGAGCCAUUUGCAUUGUGGGCAAUCCUGAACAGCAACAACGAGCCAUUAGUGGGUGUGAUUCUGGACAAUGAAGGGAAGACUUUGACCUUCUUCAACACAGACUAUAACGGUGAUUUCCAGGCGGUGACGUUUGAGGGGGCAGAAAUUCAGAAACUCUUUUACGGCAGUUUUCAUAAGCUCCACAUCGCAGUGAGUAAGACCUCGGCUCUGGUGAUGGUUGACUGUAAGUCAGUGGGUGAGAAAUCUAUUAAUGCUGCCAGUAACAUCAGCACUGAUGGUUUGGAGGUGCUGGGCAGGACGGUUCGAUCCAGAGGAUCCAAAGUCAACUCUGCACCGUUUCAGCUGCAAUCGUUUGAUAUUGUUUGUAGCACAUCAUGGGCCAGACGGGACAAAUGCUGUGAGCUGCCCAACCUGAGAAAGGAAUCAGAUUGUCCCGCACUGCCCCGUGCCUGCACCUGCACACAGGACAGCAAGGGACCCCCUGGCCCCACGGGACCCCCUGGAGGUCCUGGUAUCAGAGGAGCUCGAGGAGAUCGAGGAGAACCUGGACCAGGGGGUCCUGUUGGUCUAGUAGGUGAUGCUGGAGUUCCAGGUGCUCAGGGUCCCCCCGGACCCCCAGGGCCCAGCGGACGCUCCAUCAGAGGCCCUCAGGGGGCCGCCGGUGAGACGGGGCAGAAAGGUGAGGCAGGCUCUCCAGGGCCUCAGGGUGUUCCAGGCACUCCAGGGCCAGCAGGACGUGACGGGCCCCCAGGACACCGGGGCCUGACGGGUAAAGAUGGGCCUCAGGGAAGAGAGGGACCCCGGGGAACCAUAGGAGGUCCGGGGGCUCCAGGAGCCCCAGGAGAAAACGGCCCCCCAGGACCUACAGGACACCAGGGUCCUCCGGGUAUCCUAGGAGCUAAAGGAGAGAAGGGUGAGAGGGGUGAUGUGCAGUCAACAGCGUCCGUUCAGGCCAUCGCCAGACAAGUGUGUGAGCAACUCAUUCAGAGUCACAUGGCACGUUACAACUCCAUUCUCAAUCACGUUCCCAGUCAGCCGGUCUCUAUCCGCACCGUGCCCGGCCCUCCAGGAGAGUCCGGACGACCAGGAGCCCCAGGACCUCAGGGAGAGCAGGGCCCGUCUGGGCGACCUGGAUUUCCUGGCAGUAAUGGAGAGAACGGCCAGCCCGGAGCCAGAGGUCCUCCGGGUGAGAAAGGAGAGAAAGGGAGUCCAGGUGUGGGUGUGCAGGGACUCCGAGGAGCUGCUGGGCCUCCAGGACCGCCCGGUGAAGGGAGAACAGGAAGUACUGGAGCUUCUGGUCGUCCCGGUAACCCCGGUACUCCCGGCAGACCUGGAAUUCCAGGACCCGUGGGUCCGCCCGGACCGCCCGGAUAUUGUGACCAGAACUCUUGCUUAGGAUACAAUGUUGGAGAACAGCUGCCGGCCAGCUCGUACCAGCCGUUUGGACCGGAGGGUGAAGCCGAGGAGGACGACCCGUAUGGCAGCUACGCCUCUUACUAUCAGCCCAACUACCCCGAGCCCCGGCCCGUACAGCCCGACGAUCCUGUCAUCGCGCGUGAGGAGGAAGAGCUGCGCUCGCCCGGGAUACAGCGGCACGCACGCAGCCUCGCAGGGCGCCACAGACGCCGGCCCGACACGCGUUCUGACCUGUCGUAACCACGGCAACAGAGAAAGCGUCAUGUCAAGCGUGAUGUUUACAAGACUAAGUGAAGACUUUACCAUCUUUAUUUCAUUCUCUGUUUCUCUGGCUGAUUUAGUUGCAGAUGUAAAGCUAAGCUUCAUCUUGAAAAUGUGCAACUGAACCACAGAUCUUUUGAGUCGCUCUGACGUCACAUCACUCUGAAGCUUCCAGAAUUACAGCUAAGAAUGUUUGUUUUCAUCCUCUGAAAUUGGUUAAUGUUGUUGCUUAAGAGUUAUGUCGGUAUACAUAAACAUUCGUUACAUGAUUUAGCCAACAUAUGCUCACAAUGCUUCGGUCAUUUUUACAUUUUUUAUGUUUUAUUUCUUGCAUUAAACCUUGAAUCUGUUUGGCCACGAUGUUUGUUAGCUAUAAACGCAGUUCCUAAGAAAACAAAGAUCGUUCAAAAUGCAUGUAAAUAUUAAGAUGUAUUUUUGAUCUGUAGUGAGUUUGAUUCAAUAUGACUGAAUGUGUCUGUAUAAUUAGAGAUGAUUUUAAAUCAAAGUGCCUCUUCAUAAGGCAUCAUCUGACGCCUUUUUAUAAUACACAGAAUAUUUAUUUAGCUUCAUAAAGUGUUUAUUUUUAUUAUUGAGCAUGAUUUAAAUCUCACAGUGGGCAAAUAUUGUCACGGCAUCAAGUAUUUCUGUAUUUUUAUAAUGUAAUGACUUGAUAUGUUUUAAUGAAUUAUUACGCUGUAUUUGGUUUCCUUCUUGUUGCCAAACUUUGUAAUACUUCAGGAAUAAAUUCAUUUUAAUUCAAAGUGA